AUGUGGCGGACGGCCGUGCUGUACAUUUCCCGUAGUACGGCGUUGCAAGUCUCCAAGAAAAAUCUUCGACUCAAAUGCAGCACUUGUCGACGACUGCUGCCGGCGGCGCAUUUUAACAAAACAACGGCGCCAUCACAUUCACUUGUGUGUGUGGAUUGCAAACGUCUCUGUGUUCUCUGCGGCCUGCACCUCACACUCGAUCACUUUACGGACGCCAGCGCGGAGUUGUGUGAUCGUUGUUUGGCGAAGCGGCACGUGGCGCGUGAAAAUGUGUACUUCCGCUACCCCGUGCUGAAGUACCGUUCCUGUCCGUUCAGCGUGGAUCAAAUGCGGGAUGAGAUUCGCCGCGAGGGCCCCAGCAAGUAA